AUGGAUGGGGUUCACGAGGCACUGGGUCAUGUCUUUGGUAAACUCUUGGAGCAGGCACUGGCCUUCAGCCUCAUCACCCUGGUCUUAAUCUACCACCUUGUCUUUGAGGUGGAACUUCCUUGCACCUGUGAGAACCCCCUCAAAGACUGCAUCUUUUACAUGACUGUACCAUUUUUGAUCAUCCUGUUUGCUCAGCUGUGUGUGGACCAGCGCUUCCAGAGAGCCAUCUUCGGAGUCUUCUAUCGGGUUGCACUGUUGCGUUUGAGUAAAGCGUUGUUCAUUGCUCUUGUCUGGGUCGAGCUGGUGCUGGUUAACGGUGACUGGAUGCUCUGCUGCUUCAACGAUUUAAAACAUAAUGUCUCAUGUGACAAAGACUUUCGCCUGACACAACAACACCAACGUGAUGUGACAGAAUGGAAGAAUUUUUCUAGAAUAUGUGGCCUGUCUCUGCUUUUGUUCAUGCUCUUUCUGGCGUUGGUGGUGAAGUGUUUAGUAUCGCCGAAAAUGAUGUGGGCAGACAUCAUUUUGGAAAAAGAGGAGAAGAUCUUGAUGGAAGAACAAGGGGAGUGGGUCAAAGAUGAACUGAAAAAGUGUCUUAAAGAUCGCAUAAAGGGGAGAAAAUGGGACAAGUGUCUUUGUGUGGGGGACGAGCUCAUGAAGCACCUACAGGGCUCCAAGGAAGACCAGUCUGCGGAGGACACCACCACCAGCCCUGAAGAGGUCCAGAGACUUCUGCCCCAUUCUGACAGAAUGAAUGUGGGGUCGUAUGGCGCUACGGACUAACAGUCAUUCUGAAUUGCAUUUAUUGCAAUAUAUAUAAUGCAAUAAUAUACUUCCUCGAGUGCUCUGACCUGUCAGGCCUUCUGCAGCUCUCCUUUGAGUCCCUGGGAUUUCUUUACUUUCUCAUGUUCCUUUUUCCUGAGGUUCCUAUCACUUGGUAUUCACUAGCAAGGACCAUGCCACAACAAUGGAAUAUGAUAAAAAUAUUCAUUGACGAUAAAUGUGAUGGCUGGGAGGAGACUCUGGAUGGGGGGGGCUUGGUCUCAGGUGGUCAGUCCACCUGAUUCAGGACCCACAUCCCAACCCCCCCAUUUGUAGAGGAUGAACAAGAGACAAGGACUGGGAGGGGGUCAGGAGAACAAAGACAGACAGGAUAGGCUUGUAU